GGGCCUGGGUAGCUUUCUCAUCUCGGGAGUCUCGUCUUUGUUUAGAAAAACUCGAUCCGUUCCCCUUCUCGCCCCGCGGCUUGCGAACCCUAGAAAUUCUGAGAGAGAGAUUUUUUUUUCCCAUCGUCGUUUGCUUUCGGGUUUGUUUCGAGAUCCGUCGUUUGUGAGCUUGUUCUGGGUUCGAGAUCUGCGAAGAGGACCAGCAGAUUCGUCGCGUGCCUCCGGGGUUUUCCGUUGAACUAAUUUGAUGUGCUAUGGAGUCCAAGGGUGGCAAAAAGUCUAGCAGUAGUAGUUCCUCCCUCAUGUACGAAGCUCCCCUCGGCUACUGCAUCGAAGACCUCCGCCCUGCCGGCGGCAUCGAGAAGUUCCGCUCUGCUGCUUACUCCAACUGCUCGAGGAAGCCAUCUUGAUAUCCCUCUCCAGCCUCAUCCUAAUUGCUUAGAAUUUCUUCCCAUUAUCAUUCCCCAGUUCUAAAAAAUCAUUCAGUCCAGCUGUUUGUUGGUGACUGGUAAAUUCUUUCUCCCACCACCAACUCUGCAUCCCUUUCUGAAACAAUGGCCGUACUGUCGGUUGCUGACCUUACCCCGGUCUCUGCGAUCGGGUUUGAGGGAUUUGAGAAGCGCCUGGAGAUAACAUUCUCUGAGGCUCCUGUUUUUUCUGACCCCAACGGCAGGGGUUUGCGUGCGCUGUCGCGUGCCCAGAUUGACUCUGUUCUUGAUCUUGCGAAGUGCACCAUUGUAUCUGAACUCUCCAACGAAGACUUCGACUCGUAUGUCCUUUCUGAAUCAAGCCUGUUUGUGUACCCGUACAAGGUUGUGAUCAAGACCUGUGGUACUACUAAGCUCCUGCUGGCCAUUCCAAGAAUUCUUGAGCUUGCUGAGGAAUUGUCGCUGCCUCUUUCUGCUGUGAAGUACUCCCGUGGGACAUUCAUAUUCCCUGAAGCACAGCCCGCUCCACACAAGAACUUUGCUGACGAGGUUGCCUUCCUGAAUGGCUACUUUGGUAACCUCAAGUCUGGAGGCAAUGCCUAUGUUAUUGGUGAUCCUGCAAAGCCAGGGCAGAACUGGCACGUCUACUAUGCCACCCAGCAGCCUGAGCACCCUGUGGUUAACCUUGAGAUGUGCAUGACUGGUCUGGACAAGAAGAAAGCUUCUGUCUUCUUCAAGACCUCAGCUGAUGGCCACACAUCCUGCGCUAAAGAGAUGACCAAGCUCUCUGGUAUCUGUGACAUAAUCCCGGAGAUGGAGAUCUGUGAUUUUGAUUUCGAGCCAUGCGGUUACUCCAUGAACGCCACCCAUGGCCCUGCUUUCUCAACCAUUCAUGUCACUCCAGAGGACGGUUUCAGCUAUGCCAGCUAUGAAGUCAUGGGCUUGGACCCUGCCUCCAUUUCAUAUGGUAACCUGGUUAAGAGGGUGCUGAGCUGCUUUGGCCCUUCUGAAUUCUCUGUUGCUGUGACUGUUUUCGGUGGUCGUGGUCACGCUGAGACAUGGGCUGAGAAGCUGGUCAUAGGGGCCUAUGAUAGUACCAACAUGGUUGAGCAGGAGCUGCCUGCCGGUGGCUUGCUCAUCUACCAGAGCUUCACUUCGAUCGGUGAAGUCCCCACUGGGUCGCCGAGAUCUGUCCUGAGUUGCUUCGCUGAUGAGCAUGUGGAGAGCGGCCCCAAGGUGGGUAAGAUGGAUGCUUAUCUCUGCUGGGAAGAAGAUCAUGUGGACGACACCGAUGUGAGGGAUGGCAAGAAGAUGAGGAGCUCCUGAUGGUGAUAUUUGCCUUGCUAGUUUAAACAAACGAUAUAUGCUUGCUGGUUUAAAUGAGCUGCCCUGGCUCUGUUAGGGCGUACUAUCCUUUUUUCUGUUCUGAUGCUAUGUUAUUGCGUAUAUUUGUAUUCUGUGGCCGGUGUUUUCUGCCGCGGUGAGUUAGAUGUAUGCAUACUUGUAUCAGAAAGGCACUAUGUUUUAUGAAUAUAAAUAAGUUCUGUUGAACAAAUGUUCUUUUA